GCGGUGCCCACCACCGUCUCCGCGCAUCGCCACCACCCGCGCUCAGUGCCCUCCACCUCACUAGCUACGCUACGAGCUACUGCUAAAGCAGCUAGCGACGAGCUCGCCCGCCGCCGGCGCUCUCCCUAGCUAGCUUCUGAGGGGGGGGGGGGAGAGAUGGCCCUCCUACUGCUGCGGCGGCUGGCGGCGGUGGCGAUGGUGGUGGCGGCGGCGGCGGCGGCGGCCGAGGGGUACAACAUCACCAAGAUCCUGGCGGACCACCCGGAGUACUCGCAGUUCAACAAGCUGCUGACGGACACGCGGCUGGCCGGCGACAUCAACCGCCGCCGCACCAUCACCGUGCUGGUGGUGGCGAACGGCGACAUGGGCGCGCUCUCCGCCGGCCACUACACGCUCCCCACGCUCCGCCACAUCCUCGAGAUGCACAUCCUCGUCGACUACUACGGCGCCAAGAAGCUCCACCAGCUCGCCCGCGGCGACACCGCCUCCUCCUCCAUGUUCCAGGAGUCCGGAUCGGCUCCCGGCACGACGGGGUACGUGAACAUCACGCAGCACCGCGGCGGGCGCGUGUCGUUCACGGCGGAGGACGCGGCGGACAGCGCGACGCCGUCGAGCUUCGUCAAGUCCGUGAAGGAGAUCCCCUACGACCUGGCCGUACUCCAGAUCAGCAAGCCGCUCUCCUCCCCGGAGGCCGAGGCGCCCGUGGCCCCGCCGGCGCCGGUGAACCUCACCGAGCUCCUCUCUAAGAAGUACUGCAAGAACUUCGCCGGCCUCCUCGCCGCCAACGCCGACGUGUACAGCAACCUCAACGCGACCAAGGACAACGGGCUCACGCUCUUCUGCCCCGUCGACGCCGCCGUCGACGCCUUCAUGCCCAAGUACAAGAACCUGACGGCCAAGGGGAAGACGGCCAUCCUGCUCUACCACGCCGUGCCGGACUACUACUCGCUGCAGCUGCUCAAGUCCAACAGCGGCAAGGUGAGCACGCUCGCCACCGCCAGCGUCGCCAAGAAGGACUACAGCUACGACGUCUCCAACGACCGCGACAGCGUGCUACUCGACACCAAGGUCAACUCGGCCACCGUCACCGCCACCGUCAAGGACGCCGACCCGCUCGCCGUCUACGCCAUCACCAAGUUCCUGCAGCCGAAGGAGCUUUUCAAGGUCACCGAGGACCUGGCGCCGGCGCCCGCGCCGGAGGGCCCCAAGAAGAAGACCAAGAAGAAGAAGCCCUCCGCCACCUCCGCCGCUGCCGCCUCGCCCUCCGACGACUCCUCCGCUGCUGACUCGCCCGACGGCACCCCGGCGGAUGACGCCGCGGACAAGGCCGGCGCCGCGCCGUCCGGGCUUGCCGGGUGGCUGACCGCUGCCGCGACGGCCGCCGCGGCGUUGGCGUUGGCAGCCUGAGGUGGUGUGAGCCAAGUGUAUUUUGUGUUUUGAGUUCUCCCAACUCUCUUGUCUUCUCCUCUCCUCUCCUCCCUCUUCUUCUUUUGUCCAAUUCGUGUCCCUCGUUGGUGCAAAAAAUAAGAAGGGCUAUUUAUUUUUAUAUCUAUAUAUUUAUUGCUGCAAUUCGAAGGGGAAAAUUGGCAAAAAAAAAUUAAAUUAGAGGUGUGAUUUAGAGUUCUUUUUUUUUCUGGUUUGUUGGGUUUCUUGUGAUCAUUUUGUAAUGAUAGUGGUCAAUGAGAUUGAACAGUGUGUUUAUAUAUGAUUAAAGACAUCAUCAAGUUUAGAGGUGUAC